AUGCAAAUGCUUGUGCAGCCGAAAAGCUUUGGUGCUUCGGUAACGCUUACAAUGUUUCAAAUCAAACCCGGUUCUAAGUAUCGAGUAGCACUGCCAGACGAGCAUGCGCGCGGUCAUGUGUGCCGUAAUGAUGAUAUUGUGAGCUUAAUUAUCAUAGUGAGCGGUACACUCUGA